AUGGGCUCAGACAACCCCCAGGACUACGGCAUCACCCUGCCCAUUGCCAUGACCAUAUCGGCGUUCUGUGCUAUUGCCUGGGUCAACACCAUAGAGCUACAGGCCAGGAUAUGGCUGACGUCCAAACGAUAUAGCGGACUUUACUUCUGGAGUCUGGUCCUGUCUUCCUGGGGUUCAUCCACUCUUUUUCCUUUCCUGGACUUCUCCAUCAUCCGACAAGCCAAUGCUGUUGGCGUGACCAUUGGUGUGUCUUGGUGGUGCAUGGUGACCGGGCAAGCGUUGGUCCUGUACUCAAGACUCCAUCUUGUUGUGCGAGAUACGACCAGAAUCCGAUGGGUUCUUAUCAUGAUCAUCACCAACUUCUUCAUCCUACACUUGCCGAUCAUGAUCUUGAGCCAGGUGGGCUAUUCUCCUGUCCCCAACGCGGGAAGAUGGCUCGAUGUUUACAACAUCUACGAGAAGGUCCAGAUGACUGGCUUCACCAUCCAGGAAACCAUCAUCUCUGGACUCUACCUUUACGAAGCCCGCAAUGUACUUCGCCCAGGCCAAGCGUUCCAAAAAAGAAGAGUGAACAAAGUUUUGAAGCAUCUCAUCUGGGUCAACAUCUUCAUCAUAUGUCUGGACGCUGCACUCCUCGCCACAGAGUUCGCAAACCUUUUCACAAUACAGACAGUCUUCAAGGCGGCGAUAUACUCUGUGAAGCUGCGAUUCGAGUUCUUCGUGCUGAACCAGCUGAUAGAGGUGGUUGGUGCACGUGCUGGUGUAUUUUCUCUCAGCGCGUCUGGCACGCACGAUACCUCGCGCUCUGGCCACAACCAUAGCCAUCAGCUCGGCACCAUGAACAGUCGACACACCUACUCAGCCCACGCUUCUCAUGGCAAGAGCCAAGCAGCAGACGAUCAAAAGAUGGACGGCGUGUUGCGAACGACCGAAGUCCGCGUUCAUGGGCUCUCGGAACAGGCAGAGGGAGAGGUGGAGGCCGAAAGAUACCACGGCGUCACCCACAACAACUGGACCGGCGAGAGUUUCGCGAGGCCAGAUCGUAGGCGUCCCUCGUCCCCAACGUCUUCGGAGGUGGAAUUUGCGGCGGAUGGCGCGUAUCCCUCGUAG